AUGACAAACGCUGCCAUUACAACCCAGGCCCCAGUAAAAGAAGUCCUUGAUCUCAAGAAGCUUGCUGCUGCAGACAACUACUACUUGGUUACUCCUACUACUACCUAUCCUGAACUUGAACCUUUUAAACAUGUCGAUGUUGGCCAUCGCGCAGACCCAAAAAAGGCUUCUCUCUAUGACAAUGCUGAGAAAAUCUUUGAUUUGACUCCAAAUGUUGGAACAGAAAUUCACGGUAUACAGCUCUCCAAGCUGACCAACCAGCAAAAGGAUGAUUUGGCUUUGUUGAUUGCUGAACGCGGUGUUGUGUUCUUCAAAAAGCAGGAUAUUAACAUCGUCCAGGGUGAAGACCUUGGCAGACAUUAUGGACCUCUUCACAUUCACAAUAUUGGUGGCCACCCUCCCAACCAUCCCUAUGUCCUUCCAAUUUACAGUGUUGAUGUUGAGAAAAGCGCAUAUUAUCCUAAAAUAGUCAGAGCUUCAGAAGGAUGGCACACUGAUGUCAGCUAUGAGCUCCAGCCUCCAGGAUUUACUUUCUUGAAGAUCGACACACUCCCAUCUACUGGUGGCGAUACCUUGUGGUCAUCGAGCUAUGCUGCAUAUGAUAAGCUUUCUCCUGCGUUGCAAAAGUUUUUCGAAGGUCUCGAGGUUGUUCAUUCUGGUAAAGAGCAGGCCGAAGGUGCUGUUAACGCUGGAAUUCCCCAGCGUCGUCAAAAUGUUUUGCAUACACAUCCUCUUGUGCGUACUCAUCCUGUCACUGGCUUGAAGGCUCUAUACAUCCAACCCGGUUUUGCUCGUAGCAUUGUUGGUUUAAGCAAGCGUGAGUCGGACACCAUUUUGAACUUUUUGUAUGAGCACCUGGCUGGUGGUUAUGACUUCCAAGUUCGUUUCAAGUGGGAAGAAGAUACAGUUGCUGUUUGGGACAACCGUGUUACAUCGCACUGUGCUAUCUUUGAUUACUUGGGCUCUGGAAAACGCCAUGGAUGGAGAAUUACUACUCAGGCCGAGAGACCAUACUUUGACCCAAAUAGCAAGUCCAGAGCUGAAGUUCUCUUAGCUCAGGCUCGAUCCAAGAAGUAA